UCGAUCCCUUCUUAUUGGCUCGAGAAUUGCUUUUGACACUCCAAAUAUUUCAUUUUGCACUCAAAACUUUCUAUAAUUAGAAAGAAAAAAAAAUAUUUGUGAGAAGUGUAAAAUGAGAUUUUUGAAUUCGACCCCUUCUUAUGUUUGUUUUGAUCAUGAUUAUUUCUUAAUUUAAAUAUGGGGUGAUAGAUAAAUAAAUCGUUCAAAAUAUUAACAUGGUAUAAUUAACAGAUAAAACUAACUACAUAAUUUUGAAGUCUCACCAAUCUUUUGUUAAAAAAAGAAAUUGCUGACAUAACUUGAGGAGAAUAUUGUAAAGCAUUCUAUAUAUUGAAGUCAAUAUGUUCAACAAUAAGGAACCGUUUUAUAAUCGUUCGCUUUUUGUUUUUGUUUUUGUUUUUUUAUUUGUUGAUAGAGAAAAAUAUGAGGGAGAUGACAAAUGAAGGGUGGUGGGAGAGUGGAGAUAUAAUAAAAAACGGAUAAAUGAAAAGAAAAUCUUGAAUAGUCUUGUGCACCUCUAAUACCAUCUACUCUUCUUUAUCUCUCAUUUCUCACAUGUAUAUAUAUAUUUCCCUAUUUCUAGACUCAACACAAAUAAAAAUAAAACAAAAAACAAAAUGAUUAUCAAAUUGACCAUAAUCUAAAGAAUAAAUUGAUGUCUAAGUUAGAAAAUUAAAAGAUAUUCUCACAGCAACUAAAUAAUACAAACCAAAUGUUUUGCUUAGCUUACUGGCGUAUCCCUCCAUCUUCUUUGCAACCCAUUUCCUCAAAAAGUUUUCCUUUUUGAAUAUUUAUUUUCUCUUUAAAGAUUCUGUGAAACUAUUGAAUAAUAUGAUGUAUUUAAGAAUGCUAAGGCUAUUAAACUAACUUGGACGGUAAUAUUAAUUAUGGCAGGUACGAUACCAGAUGAGAUUGGUGAUCUUCAAAAUUUACAAAUUUUACAACUCGAUUUUAAUAAUCUUAAUGGUCCUAUCCCACGCAAAAUCUUCAAUAUGUCCAUGUUGAGACGAAUUUCACUUGUUGAUAAUCAACUCUCAGGAAGUCUUCCAACAGACAUAGCCAUUGGAGUUCCAAACCUAGAAUUCAUGUUUGUUGGAAUGAAUAAUCUCAGUGGACGAAUCCCCAACUUUAUCUCCAAUGGCUCUAAGCUCACGAGGCUAGACAUGUCUUCAAACUCAUUUUCUGGGUUUAUUCCUAACAAUUUAUGUGCCUUAACAAACCUUGAGUACCUUAGCUUACACAAACAAUUUAACGAUUGAUACUUCAACCCUAGAAGUAAACAUCCUUUCUUGUUUGGAUAAUCUUCGAAAUCUUUGGGGACUCUACUUGUCUAACAAUCCAUUAAAUGCCACUCUUCCUGCUUCCCUUGGAAAUUUCUCUACGUCGCUUGACUAUCUUCAUUUAGGAUUUUGCAAUUUGAGGGGUAGCUUUCCCAAUGAUAUUGGAAACUUCAGUGGCUUGAUAUCCUUAACGAUGGGAUCCAAUCAAUUGAGUGGGUCAAUUCCAACUUCUGUGGGAAGACUAAGGAAUCUCCAGGGUCUCAGUUUGCAUGAUAACAAGUUGCAAGGAUACAUCCCAGAUGAACUUUGCCAACUGGACAACCUAGUUGAAUUGAAUAUCAGUGGUAAUCAACUCUCUGGUUCCGUACCUUCCUGCCUAGGUAAUCUAACUGCAAAAUUUAGAAAGAUAUCAUUAGAGUCCAAUUUGUUAACUUCCACAAUACCAUCUACCUUAUGGAAGCUUACAUAUAUAUUGAUCCUAGACUUGUCAUCCAAUUCACUCGUUGGUCCUCUCUCAGAAGAUGUUGGAAAACUGAAAGUUGUGACAGAAGUGAAUUUAUCAAAUAACCAUUUAUAUGGUGCUAUACCAAGCAGUAUGAGUGGACUCCAGGAUUUGGUUAGUCUCUCCUUGGAAUAUAAUAAUUUAGAAGGUCAAAUCCCCAGUUCAUUUGGAAACUUGCUAAGCCUGGAACUCUUGGAUCUAUCCAAAAACAAUCUUUCCGGAGUAAUUCCAAAGUCUCUUGAAGCACUCAUUCAUCUCAAGUAUCUGAAUUUGUCUUUCAACACACUCCAAGGUGAAAUUCCUACAGGUGGACCUUUUCAAAACCUCUCAGCUCAAUCAUUUGUCCCGAAUGGUCCACUCUGUGGUGAAUCCCGACUCCGUGUUCCACCCUGCAAAAAUAGUACAGCCUCUCAACCACAUUCAAGGAAAGCUAGUAUAUCCACCCUGAAAUAUAUAAUUCCAGGGAUCAUAUCAGCAAUACUCCUAUUGGCCUUUAUAUCGAUGUUGAUACUACGGAGGAAAAGGGGGAAUGCUAUAGUUGCAACAAAUACUGCGUUGGUACCUCUACUUCUCUGCAGAAGAGUUUCAUACCUAGAACUUCUAAGGGGGACAAAUGGAUUUAGUGCAAACAACUUACUUGGUACAGGGGGUUUUAGCACAGUAUAUAGAGGGACACUUUCAGAUGGGAUAGAUGUUGCAGUAAAGGUCUUCAAUUUACAAGUAGAAGGGGGUUUCAAGAGUUUUGACAAGGAAUGUGAAAUGCUAAGCAAUACACGUCAUCGAAAUCUUCUCAAAAUCAUUAGUUGCUGCUCCCAAAUUGAUUUCAAAGCCGUGGUACUGGAAUACAUGCCUAACGGGAGCUUAGAGAAGUGGUUGUACUCUUCAACAUGUUCUUUGAGUGUCCUUGAGAGGUUGAAUAUAAUGAUACAUGUUGCAUCGGCAUUGGAAUACCUUCACCAUGGCUAUCAAUUACCUAUUGUUCAUUGUGAUUUGAAGCCAAGCAACAUACUCCUAAAUGAUGACAUGGUUGCACGUGUAGCUGAUUUUGGGAUCGCAAAACUUUUGGGAGGAGGAGAUUCUGUGACUCAGACGUUGACCCUAGCCACAAUUGGGUAUAUGGCUCCAGAGUACGGAGUGGAAGGAAUUGUUUCGACAAGAGGGGAUGUGUACAGUUUUGGUAUUGUAAUGAUGGAAAUAUUCACGAAAAGGAAGCCAACGGAUGAAAUGUUUGCUGGGGAAAUUAAUUUAAAGGAAUGGAUUGCAAAUUCAUUACCAGAAGAUGGAAUAACAGAAGUUCUGGAUGUCACUUUACUUGGUAUAGAGGAUGAUGGUGAUAUAUUUGUGGUCAAGAGAGAUUGUUUGUCAUCCCUUAUGAGAUUGGCCUUGGCGUGUUCUGCGGAGUCACCGCAAGAGAGGAUAAACAUACAAGAUGUUGUUGUCACCCUCAAUAAAAUCAAGAUAAAGCUUUUGAAGGCUGUUGCAUGAGGAGGACAGGGAAGCCAAACUUUUCAACAGAUUGAAGUAAAUGCAGCUGUGUCUAUGUAUGAUCUAUCUUUCUUUUUCUUUUUUUUUAUUGAGGCUGCUAGUAUGGUUUUGAUGGACCCAUGUGUCUCAAGUUCGAAACUCGUCAUCUCUAAAUUAUUAUAAUAGUUUCUAACAUUCCUCUCUUUCCUUAAUAAUAAUUUUUUUUAAAGUGUGCAAAAAGAGUUCACUUCUUAAUUAUACUUUACUUUUUCUUAAAUUUUAUCUUUUUUUUA